UCAACUCAACUCCGAAGAUUCCAAUGUUGUGACUUGAAGUUUUGGUUUUAAAUAGAAGUAUCAACGAAUGAACAGGAAAUAAAUACAUAUUUCUUAAAAUUAUUUAACUUUAAAUUUAAAAUUAAAUUGAGCAUUUUUUUCACUGCAUAAUGUUUAUUUUGAUUUUGUGUUCACUUUUUUACCAUCCUCGAGUUCUCUAUCGAUGAUAUGUAUUUAAACUUCAAGUUUAGAUAGCUAUUAUAUUAAUUUUAUUUAGGUUUGUAUUUUAAGUAGUGUUUUUUCAUUAUGGGAUCUGAAUUACAUUGUACCCAUGGUGCCUUAACAGAUUCUUUUGGCUGGCUGGUCCAGGGAAUUUUAGCAUGUUUAGCAUUUACAUGUCUUGUAUUGAAGAGAUUUUGUGAACCUCGCAGGCAGAGAAGGCCUUGGUUAAUAUGGUUUUAUGAUACAUCAAAGCAAGGAAUGGGUGCUUUAGUAAUUCAUUUUGCAAACAUAUUUUUAGCUGAAUUUUUUCAAGGAGAUCCGUGUACAUGGUAUAUUGUAAGUUUUUUACUUGAUUCUUCCAUUGGACUCUUUAUCAUUUUUAUUGGUAUUCGUCUAACUCAACAUAUAUCUCGAAUCAAACGAUGGGACCACUUAGUAUUUGGAGAAUAUGGUAAACCUCCAUACAUCAAUGCUUGGCUGUCACAAUGUGCUGUUUACAUAGCUCUAAUGCUAAUUGAAAAGAUCUUAAUAACUCUUUUAAUCCAACUAAAGUUUUGGGAUCAGGUUCGUAAAAUCAUUAUGUCGCCGAUCACAGAUCCAAAAAUUGAAGUUGCCAUUGUUGUUCUUAUAGUACCCUUCAUUAUCAAUGUCUUUAUGUUUUGGGUUGUGGAUAAUUUCCUGAUGCAAAAACAUGGCCGCUGGAAGCAGAGUGUAGUGAAUGGUAAAGUGAAAAUACAUUACGAGAGGGAUGAGCAAGAUUCUUGCUCAGAAUCUGAGAUCUUACUCUCCGGGGAAGAUGAUGCUUUAGUUGAUGUCACAUGUCAACAAAGGCAUCCUAUGGUGGUUCCAGUUUCAUAAAAGUGACCAAACUUUUUACUGACCAAAGCAUAUCUCCUGUUAAUGAAACCAAAGAGGGAGUUUUGAAGAAAUGAAUAAAAGCUUUGUGUACUUUAUAAUUAACAAAAAUAGUUUCACUAUGUUGAAUAUAGGGUGAUUUUAAUUUAAAAUUUCAAUCGAAUUUCAAGAGGCAGCUUUACACAAUAUAAGUCAUUUUAAUGUUGUUGUUUUGUUUUUUUUUUUUCAUUUUGUAAACAUAAUUGGAAUUAAAAACGAAAAAUUUGAUAUUAGAUUAUUAGUCUAGCAAUGGAUGCUUAAAAUGAAACAAAAGUUUGGUAAUAAUUACGAGGGAGCUAAAAAUUAUUAUAAUUGAUUAACAAUUUUAUUUACUACUCCUUUGAUGCUUUCUAAAUCAACUCUAUCUUAAAAUUACUCGAAUUCUUCAAUUUGAAUAGAAUUUCUUUUUCAGUUUCAAAAUUCAUAACUUGAAGUGUAGCUGGAAAAAAAAUAUUUAUAUUUUUUCUUUUAAAAUUGGUAUUAAAAUAUAUCAUAGCAUUUAACAAAAAGAAUAUUAAAUUUAGAUUUCUAAUGAAGUAAUUUGUCUUUGAAACAUAACUUUAAUUUGAAUGUAAUGCAUUUCUUAUUGUAAAUUAAUAGAUAAUUAUAUGGCCAUAACACUUAACUAAAUUGUAAAUUUAAUGACCUGUCCACACCCCUAAGGCAGAAAAUGCCAAAAAUUGUGGUGUUUGUUGCAAAACACUUUAAAUUUAAAGUAAAACUUCUUAUAUCCAAGUCCCUGCAAAAUAGUUUAUAUUGCAUGAAUUAAAAUUUUAUGUGUGGUCAAUAAUUUUUGUUUUUUUUUAUAUCGGAGUUUAUAAACAGUUUUAUGUUUAACUCAUAAAGAUACUUUUUCUGCAAUUUUAAUUUAUAAAAUGAAGAACCUUUUUUUAAAAAAAAAAUGGUUAGACUUAUGCUAUUGAGAGAUGUUUGUUUUUGACAAUUACUAUGAAGCAUUUGUAUUAGAUAAAAUUCUGUUCCUGGGAUCUGGGCUUGCCUUAUGUAAAUGGGCUAGUGUAAGCAAAAACGUCUUUUAAAUAAAAAAAAAUUUUAAGAGUACAUUUACAAAAUAGCCUUUGUAUCAUUCAAAAUUAAGAAAAAAAUUCAAAUUUUAAUGAUAAUGAAAAAAAAUUUCGUUUAAAUUAAUACUAAGUAAACAUAAAUGACUACAUUAUCAAAAUUGUCCACACUGGCCCCCCUUUAUCCUUGUUGAUCUGCCAUCCAUUAAAAUGAUUUUUAAAAUUUUUUAAUCUUGCCAUUUAGGCUGAUUGCUGCACUUACAUUUGUUUGAUUAAAUGUAAUUGUUUUGUGUUAGCUUCCAAUAUAAAUUAUCUGUGAAAAAGGUAAAAAAAAUUAAAUCCUUUUGAUACUGUAUCCUGGACAAAUGAUUUACUUAUGGUAAUGUUUUCUUUCAAUCAUUGCAGUUGGGUUUGGGUUUAAAUGCAUUAAAAUGUUAAUUAUUAAUGUAAUUUUUUUUUAAAAAAUUUUUUUGUUAUUCUUUGAUUGUUUUUUUUUUAUUCAAAUUUAUAAGUAUUAACAUGACUUAAUAGAUUAUCACAAAGAAUCAAUGGUUAGAACUUAUGAAAGUUAUGUUUGAAUUAUAGAAAAUUAUCAUAAUCUAAAACAACGGUUCCUUACAUUUACUUGCACGAACCUCCAAUUUUCAUAAAAAUUACUUUGAGGCCCACUAAAAAUAAAUUUUAAAUGAGCAUUUAUUAUGUAUAAUGAGUGCAUACAUAUAUAUAACACAGUAUUGGCCUCAUCCGCAGCCCAUGGUUUAAGAACCGCUGCUCUUAAGUAUGAAGUCUGCUUUUAAAUCUUAUUCAAAAUUUUAAGUUUUGGUAAUCAAAGUGAAAAAAAUAUUAGUAUUUUAUUAUGAUCAUUUCAUACUACAAAAAACUACAUAAUUUUUAUUUAGUAAAAAAUAACUAUGAAAAAUACUUAGAGCAAAAUUAAAGGCUACUUAUUAAAAAAAAAAGUUGUAUUGAUUUCUUUAAAUGAGUGUGAAAUUUAAAAAAUUUGCUCUAUUUAUUUGUGAUACUUCUCUCAAAAUUGGCAGUAAAGCCAGUUGAUUCAGUAAGUUUUAAAAUACUCCCCAAUCCUAUCAGUUUUUAAAAAUACAUGGCCAGUUAUUGUAAUAUUGUACCAUUUGCAUUUUUGAAUGUUCCUAUUUUUUUACCACAUUGUAUUAUUAUCAUAAAUAUGCAAUAGGUUGUAAUUUAUGUGCUUCUUGUAAACUUUUUCAUCGUAAUGUUUUGAUUUAAUAUUAAAUUUUGUGAUCACCCUAUUCUCCAACUUUGUGAAAUUGCAAAUAUUUUUGCUACCUAUAUAAAGCUGUUGAUUGUUAUGUAUUUGUACUAGUAAUAAAUAAACAUUUACGUCCAGAAUUAGAAAGGGAAUGUCUUAAUUCUAUUUAUCUAAAAAUGUUUGAUAAGAUUUUAAAUUUUAUCAUAUUUGUUACUUUUUUUCCUUCUUAUAAAUUGUUCCUAAACUGUAAGUUAUUUUUGAAAAAAAUUUUCUCUUAAUAAGUCACAAAAUUCAUUGUUAUCUAUCAGUUUUAAGAGGAAAAAUGUAAGAGAUUAUAAAUAAUGAGGACUAUAUUUAUCUAACUUAUUAUAGAAAUAACAAAUAAUUACCAAUAUAAAUGUCUUAAUCCUUAAUGAAUCUAUUUUUUAUUUAUCUAAAAAAAUAUAUGCAUGUAAUUUUUAAUUGUAGUUACACUCUUAGAUUUUCUAAAAUGUGAUUCAAUGAUCAUUAAUCAAUUGUAUCACAAUUUAAAUGGUUAAACUUAAUUUUUUUAGUUAGAUACUGAUAAAUUUGUAGAGUUUUUCUUUUUAAUUUUUUUACUAUGGAUAUAAUAUUUCAACUUUAGUUCCUUCAUUUAUUUUUGCAACCCUUUAAAACUGUUUGUUUUGUCAUUUAAAAGUGUGUUGAUUCCUUAUAGUUUGAAUCAAAAGCAUUUAUUUUUAAAAUGUGUUACUUUUACUUUUUAUUUUAUAUUUAAUUGCUUUGAGACUUUUAAUGCUCACUAAUGACCUUUUAUUGCAUAAAAAUUUAAGUUAUUUUGCUAAAUGUGACAAUUAAAAAAUAUUUAACUUAUGUGUCGUUUAUGGGUAAAACAAUUUAAUCAUUAUUGCAAAGUUUUAUCUUUUGUCAACAAUAUGGAAUUGUUCUGUGUUGAUUGUAAAUGAAAAUAUGCAUACUAAGAUACAAGCAGGUUAUAUAUAAGCAUUAUCCCUCAUAAGAUUUAUAGCUGAUUUUUUUCUGAAGUAAUACCCAGACUCAAAUCAAUAUUUUUAGUUAUUUUUAUGGAUAUUUAAUUGAUCACUUCAAAAUAAUAUUCCAUUUUCAAAAUAAUAUAUUGUGUUUAAAUAUUUAACCCUUUUUUACAUCCUUUGCAUUUGAUAUGCUUUUUUAUUAUGCAUUCAACAAAUUAAAAUUCUUUAACUUAUCAUAAAAAAAGAGGAAAUUCUAAUAUUGAAAAUUUUAUUGAUGUAUUUAUUUUUUUAAUGUUAGAAAAAUGAUUUAUUAAUCUAUUUUAAAGAUGCACAUUACUAACAAACAAGGUGACAUUGAGUCAUUUAAGCAGUGCAUGGACCAAAUAAAUUUAAAAAUUAUUUUUAUAAUCUAUCAUUUUUUUAAUUACUCCUUCCAUCUAUUUCAAAUUUAAAUUAAAUGUUUUAUUUACUAUAAUUAAUAUUAAUUAAUAUUUACUAUAAUUAAUAUUUAAUUAAAUGUUGGUACUUUUUUAUACAGUAAUCAUGAAUUGGAAAGUUUUUUUCAGCUAUUAGGAGUUAAGUUUAUACUUCUUAUAGUAUUUAAUUUUUCCUUUGAGUUUUUUUUAUAGACUAUAAUGUGAAGAUUACUUUUAAUUAAACAUUUAUAGGCAUUGAUUAAAUUAUCUUUGAUAAAUCAACUCUCAUUUCUUAUCUAUAUGUUUUAUGUAUAUGUCUGAUUUAUAGAGAAAUAAUAUUGAUUAAUUAAGUCACAAAUAGCUCACAUAAAGACGGGCUGCAUCUUGCUUACCCAUGGUCCAAUUCAAUAUUUUAGUUACAAUUAUAGUUUAAACUAGUGAUAAGAAACUUUAAAAGAAUAACAUUGUAUAAUUCUUCCCUUGUGGAAUGUUUGCGUGAUCCUUCUUCCAAUUCAUUUAAUCAAUAAAAAAUAUGAAUCUACUAUACAAGUGUAAAUAUUUUUAUCCAAUCUUCAGUGUCAUAACAUAUUUAAGGAGAGUUUUUCCUAAAUGAAUGUUGUAUAUUAAAAUGGACAUUAAUCAAAAUUAUAAAAUAACAUGUAUAAUUAUGGAUUAAAUUCAAUAAUAUCAGAAUGAGCUCAUUAAUUUGUUUGUCUUAAUUUUGUGAAGAAUAUAUUUAUAAAAUCCUUUUAUUGUUGUUAUUGUUUCUAUCUAUAUGUUUUAUCGUUUGUUUCUUGCUUACUACUUACUAAAAUGACAUGUAAUUUUCAAAAGCUUUAUUUUAAAAUAUUUAUAUUUUUAGUGAGAUGUCUUCUUUGUAUCUAAUUAUAUAUGUUCUGAAUUAUUUUUCUAAAUAAAAUGAAAAACCUA